GGGCCAUUUUCUCUCUGCCAGCUAGAGGGAGGCAAAAUAAACAAAAACAGAGCCGCCCGCCGGCCGGCCAUACCAGAACCUCAAGUUUCCUCUGAAAAUUAAAAGGAACUUCCGUCUGCGUUCCAUGGACGAAUCAAUUUUGAAAGAAACCGAAGCUUUUGGUAUCAGGUUUCUUCCUACGCCGGCGAUCUCCGGUUUAAUUUGAUCGUCCUUUUUAUUUAAUCUCGGUUGGAGAUGGAUGAAUUGGAGGAUCUGGAAGCGGAGGAAUUCUUCUCCGACCCGUUCUCAGGAGUCGAGGAGUUCGACCUCGAUUACGAGUUCGAUGCGCCUAAGUUCCACGAUUUCACGAAGCCGGAACCCGAUUCCGACGCCGACGAAGCUCAGGGAUGGCUCGACGUCGCUGCAGGAUAUCCGCCUUCCCCUCUGAAGAUGUACUGGAGACCUCUGGUUCCUCCGGUAGAGACCAAUCCUUCCAGUUCCGACCGUACGACCUCUUCUGUAGAAGACGAAGAUAACGAUGAACCAGCAGGAUCAAAACCGAGCGAUUGCAAAUGCGAACCGAAAUCGCCGGCUAAAUCUCCGGCCAAGUCAAGAAGUUCGAGUUUCAUGAACCCUACGGCUAGUCACUUGGCGAAGAAAUUAGCCCCUGAGCAAAUACAGUGCGAACGAUUGCUCAGAAGGUUUCCAAAGGACGCCAUAAGCGAGGGGAACAGUUCGCGUAGUUCAUCUACCAGUGGCGUCCCAGCAACCAAAAGGCAAAAGCUCGAGGCUGGUUACUUGCGCAAGGCUGCACGAUUGAAGCAUCGAGCUCUUCUCCACCACAAAGAAUCAAAUCCAAAGGAUGUUAACAAGGCCUCUAGUAGACCUAGAGCUACAGUUCCUGUGCAGCCAAAUCUAGCAACAGCUGGUAGAGCAGAGCUAUGGAGGUCCAAAACUAAAUCGGAGUUUGAAAAAUAUGCAAAACCCAGUACUUCUCCUGCCAAAACGAGACCAUUGAAUGGAAAGCUUUACAAGGUUCCUUCCUUGCCAAUACCAAGGAAGUCCACACGGCCGCUGCCAGAACUUCAAGGAGUAAAGCUACCCCGUUCGAAAUCUUCGUCUGAAAAGGAUAAAAUAGAUCUGACAGGUGGUCCACCAUUGAGAGACAAACAGGAGCAACCUGGGAGAACUCGAUCUCUGAAAACAAAGGAAUCAAAGGGCACGGACAAAAGGAGGUUCCUGGAUGAGCCACCAGUGGAUGCAUUUAAUCAGCUCUCCCUAGCGUCUCAACCUCAUUCUACAACCAGACAUGAGACCAAAGUGCAUCCUCAACCUGAGGUCUCAAAAGAGAACACACCGAAUGACUUGAAUCAAGAGAACGAGGUACACUUGCUUCCCAUGGUUGGUGAAACCGCAUUGGCCUGGACCUGUGAUUCUUCACCAUUGUGGAAAUGAAAACACCACUGCCUCCUCACUUGGAUACCAGAUGAACAAUAACAGGAGCAUGCCAAUUCACUAACACAAUAACAAAAGAUUAGCUCCAUCAACAAAUGGAUUCCAGGGGGCUCUCCUGCUAUCUGUUUUGUAGUUCAUCAAGUGUAGGAAUCCUGAAAUGGCUCGAAACCAUCAGUUGCUUCAGGAUGUAGCUUUCUUCAAUGGCAGUGAAUUCUUUCACAGCAGUUUCCAUUUUCAACGCAAACAGAUGUGAACAAGCAGCUAAGCAUGUAAUUACUUCACUGCUAAAGCCAUUAGCUCAGUGGCUGGGCGAGUUCAUCUGUGUAAAGGUUCAAUGUAAGCUG